CAUCCGAAAUUCGGAUGGUUCCGCCGGCCACCAGCCGCACCGAUCACCUGGCGGAUCUGAUCCAGCGCUGACCACUUGUCUGCAGCCUGCAUGUACGGGAGCUGUCAGCGCUGUUUUCUGUGCGGAGGGGAACCCGCGUCUCGCCGCCGCACCGCAGCGCAGCGCCGUGACGCAACUCACACUCCCGUUGCUGCAACACGAUAAAAUAUGAAUCGCCGCGGAGCCGACGGUGGGAUCUCUGGGAAUGUAAAUGUCAUGUGAAUUGGUGAGGAGGGGGUGUGGCUGGCCGUCUCACCGGCCCAUUCACCAGAAACAAACACACGCCCAGACAGGAGCUCGUUCCCCUGUCUGCUGCCCGACUCUCGGCUGGGUGCACAGGCCGGCCAAGUCAACCCAUCCACCCAUCUGUCCUUCCACCCAUCCAGCAAUCCAGCCAGCCAGCUCAGCUCAGCUCAGCUCAGCUCAGCUCAGUUCAGUUCAGUUCAGUUCAGUCAGUCAGUCAGUCAGUCAGUCAGCCCCUCGGCAGCCCGCCGUGCCUCCGUCCCUCCGCAGGCUCCGGGCUGCGCGCCGCUCCACGCAGGGAUCCUGAUCGCAUUACGCAGAUUCAGAGCCUGGAUGCAGAGCGAAGCCUGCCCGUGAGGAUGCGAUAGGAUUAAAGGCAUGGUCGCACCAUGAUCUGUGGCUCUGGUGUGCAGUGUGUCGAUGCAGGCUGUGUUGCAAGAGGAGAUUGAAUGCCUCUAAAAUCUCAAGGCUGUGAGCCCUGUGCAGGGUGGUGAUGAGCAGUCAGGGCAGCAGCAGCAGGGGAAGUGGCCAGCAUGCUGACACUCGUACCCCUCGCCAGGCCCCCGGACCCAAGCUGCAGGUGCAGCGCUCCCUCUCUCGCGACACCAUCACCAUCCACUUCUCUGCUCUGGGGAAGGAGGAAGACGAUGAGGAGGAGGAGCUCUAUGGGGUUGGAUCCGCUGGGGAUAAAUCUGGUCUUGAUGAUGCAGAGGGACUGCAAGGUCUAGAAACUUCGGGGGCAGAUGACCAGUCUGUGGCCACGGGCUUGGAGGCAAAAGAAGAGUUACUGUUUGAAUCUGCCAAUGUGGAGACUUCCUUAGGAGCUGCUGUGGUCCCUGUUUCCUCCAGCGAUCUGUCUGUGGACCCCUCCUGCCCUCAACCACACACACCCUCUCCAGCCAUGACUAUUAUUCCUACUGCCACCCACCUGAGCUCCAACCCUCCUGCCAGCUCCUCCUGGCCCUUAGACCGACCAUCAGGCACACCCCCAUCCACGAGCUCCGGCACCUCCUCCCCUUGCAAGUCCACAACGCUGUCCUCCUCCAAACCAUUCCUGAGCCUGGUCAGGUCCUUGUCCAAUGACAUCGAGUCUCGGGAGACCGCCUCUGCGCCAACUUCUGUUGCGCCAUCGCAUGCACGCCACCGUCACUUAAUGAAAUCUUUUGUUAAGUCUCUUUCUACCGACACUUCAAAGGCCGAACAUCAGGAGGGGCCUCUUCAUCACUUCCUUCAUCACCCCCCUCAGCAGCAAGUACAGUCCUCCCAGCGGCCACCUCGCAACAUGCAGCUCUUCAAACAAUUCUCCCAGCCCCGCUUGACCUCCUGCCCCGUCACAGUCACUCACGCGGGUGGAGACUCUAAAACAGCCCCCUCGUCCCCCAUUAUGUCCCCAGAUGGUAGGUCUUUCUUUAAGGUCCAAGAGGUGGAGGCGAGGAUAGAAGAUACAAAGCGGCGGUUGUCGGAGGUGAUGUCAGACCCCCUGCAGCUUUUUAGUAAGAUCAUGGGGGAUGAAUCUGGCGUGGGAGCUGUUGGAACUGCAGCUCAUCGUGCCAAGUUGCUGUCCUCCAGUGCGUCAGAGCUCAGUGGAGUGACAGCAGUAAAUGGACAUGCAGAGGGUAACAACUACAGCAUCAAGGAGGAGGAAGGUGCAGAAGGGGAAGAAGAGGAAGAGACCCCAACGGGAAAGGGCCCCGACUCUGUUUUUUUCUCCUUCCCUUCACUGGCACCAGCUUCAGCCCUCGGACAGGCCUCCACAUCCACUUUCCCCAAGUCUCCUUCUCUCACUCUGGGUCGUUGUUCUAUGUCGGCCCUGGUGGCUCGACAGGAAGACGAGGACUUCUGUGAACUGUACAGUGAAGACUUUGAUAUAUGUACCGAUACAGAAACACCAGAUGGGGACCAUCCAAGGUCUGGGCUGCCCCGAACUGGUAGCACUGGUCUGUGUAGCGAACUAGACACAGAGGAGGAGGAGAAAAUGGAGGAGGAGUUUGAGACUGUGCCCGUGACUGGCCUCAUCUUCCUGGCACAGUUAGUGUACUGGUAUUUAGUCCUUCCAGUGCCACCAUAUGUAUGUGCGGUGGUGCACGGGAUUGUUGGCGGUUUCAUGUUGGCCUUGCUGGUCCUUUGGCUGUCCUCUCCUCGGCGCUCCUCAUUGGGGACGAGAAGAGGGAGGCGGAGGAUGGAUCCCUGGAAUGUGGCCCAGUUGGAUAUCAAAGAACCGGGAAUCUUCAAGGGCUGGAUGAAUGAGAUACACAGCUACGACCCGGAGAUGUACCACGCCACCCUGACCCACUCUGUUUAUGUCCGUCUGGAGGGCUCCGUCCUGCGUCUGUCCAAGCCCAACCGCAACAUCUCCCGCCGUGCCACACACAACGAGCCCAAACCCGACGUCACCUACAUCAGCCAGAAGAUCUACGACCUGACUGACAGCAAGAUCCAGCUGAUGCCCCAAAGCUUGGCUCGGAAGAGAGUUUGGAACAAGAAGUACCCUAUCUGUAUUGAGCUGGCCAAACAGGAGGACUUCAUGUCCAAAGCCCAGGGAGAGAAGCCGGAAGGCGGGGAGGACAAAUCGACUGGGCUGGUGGAGAAGCUGGAACGGAUGGACAAAUGCGAGAAAGUUGACGCAUCAGUAUCGGCAGAGGAACCCAAACGACCGGCCUCUGGAGGUGGGGACCUGACAAUCUACCUGUUUGGGAGGACGGGUCGGGAAAAGGAAGAGUGGUUCCGGAGAUUUCUUCUGGCGUCCCGGGCGAAGUCAGAGGGGAGAGUUGGCAGUCUGUCUGGCAUUUGCAAGAGUGCCUUCCUGCCCUCCCACAGCCGCAGUAGCAGCACCCAAUCUGGCGGAGGCCUGGAGGCGGACAGCAGGAGCAGCAGCCGAGGGAGCCUGGAGGAGCUGUCUCAGCCCCGCCACAGGGAGGCCUCUUCUGCUCUCGCCUGUGGCUCCACCGGGGGGAUGAGGCAGAAGAUGCUGCUGGACUAUAAUGUCUACAUGGCUAAAUACGUCAACCCCCAGGCACCACAGAGAAGCCCGACUGCCACUGACAGCCCUGGUCAAAGUCCCGAGGGGAGCCCCAAAACUACCAAAAAGAUACGCAGGAGUUCAGAGGAGGCUGUGGAGCCCGAGGCCUGGGUUAAUGCCUUUCUUGGAAGGAUAUUCUGGGACUUCCUGGGAGAGAAGUACUGGGCCAACGUCGUCUCCAAAAAGAUCCAAAUGAAGCUCAGUAAGAUCAGGCUGCCAUAUGUUAUGAAUGAGCUGACCCUCACAGAGCUCGACAUGGGCUUCUCCAUUCCUAAAAUCCUCCACGCCUCCUCACCAUCUGUGGACCACCAAGGUUUGUGGUUUGAUCUGGAGAUCUCCUACUCGGGCUCCUUCCUCAUGACGCUAGAGACCAAGAUGAACCUGGCCCGUCUGGGGAAGGAAGGCGAGGGGCUCGGGGAGCACGGGAAAGAGUGGCCGCGGACAUACUGCCUGGCAGACAGCGAUGAGGAAUCGUCCAGCGCUGGCUCAUCGGACGAGGAGGAUCCCCCAGAACUCCUCAGUGACAAGCCCGUUCCUCCAGGAGCCGAGGGCUAUGUGGGAGGCCACAGGCCCAGCAAGAUCAUGCGCUUCGUGGACAAGAUAGCCAAGUCGAAAUACUUCCAGAAGGCCACGGAGACGGAGUUCAUUAAGAAGAAGAUGGAGGAGGUGUCCAACACGCCGCUGCUGCUCACUGUGGAGGUGCAGGAGUGCCGCGGGACGCUGGCUGUCAACAUCCCACCUCCCCCAACGGACAGGAUAUGGUACGGUUUCCGGAGUCCGCCUCACAUAGAGCUGAAAGCUCGGCCUAAACUGGGCGAGAGGGAGGUCACUCUGGUUCAUGUGACCGACUGGAUUGAGAAGAAACUGGACCAGGAGUUCCAGAAAAUAUUCGUGAUGCCAAACAUGGAUGACUUAUGGCUACCCAUAAUGCACUCUGCCAUGGACACGCGUUCAAAUGCCAACUUGGUUACUGUGACAGAUGAUGCCUUGAAGGACCCAGAACCUGAGGAGUCUGAGGUCUCGGACAUGUGAAGACCGAUGGACAGACGGACAUUUUAUCAUCGUGGCAAUAUGACAAAGACCCCCCCUGCCCCUGCCCUCAGGCACCCGUGGGUGCAGCAACAGGGCCGGGCCGACCCUCCAAUACUUCUACCCACAGUCCAGUCCCAUUGUUGCGCCAGUCAUGAAGUGCACUCGCGAAAACUUGGAGGUGUUGGGCGGGCUGUGACUCCCAGACUGCCCUCCAAUCACACAGCUUUAUUUGUGUGACAGCAAACACUACAACUAACUCUCUGAUGAAAGACUCCUUGCGGGGCACGUCGAGACUGUUCAACCAGACGAAUAGCCAUCAGAUUCAACUAGAAGAACCAUAAUACCUGUGAUGUACAGCUGCACCAAACACGAUGGUUGUACAGCGUCGACUUUUUGCGCGACCUUUCUAACCGAGCAGUUUACCGUUUGCUACAACUCUACGUAGAACGUUGAGGCCACUGAUGAAGCGACUGAGCAAAACGUUUGAAGGGAAAAAUUGGACUGUGAUUUUUGCUGGAAGCCCCUGUGUCCGUUUAAAAACACAUUUCACAGGGAAAUCAAGACUCUUCUUUUUUCUUUCUCCCCCCAUCCAUCCACACUGCUGCCUGUGCCAGCCGCCUGGCACCUAUAUGCAAACAGAUCAACGGCGCUGUGUCCACGGGAGAUACUGGUGAAUCUACUGUGGACACAUCAUCAUACAACCUGUGUGCAUUUUAACUGUAGGGACUAUAGAUACAAAUAAAAACUAAAAACUACAUGGGGGUGAGUUAAAACAUAUCUGCAAACACAGCAGCUGAACAUUGCCUAGGUCUGAUGAAUGUAUAAUUAGGAACGCGGCUCCCUAGCUGUGCGAGGGAAACAGCUCAUUCACUGACGACGUGCUUUCACGCGACAUGCUUCAAGACUUCUCUUCAUGUUAUAUUCAGAGUUGAGCAAAAGUAAUAUUUUUUUUUUCUGUUUUUAUUGCCAAAGCAAUCUUUCAGUCCUCUCCUUUGGCGGCUACCGUGUGAAGCAAUCGUUUUAUUAUCUUGUGUUCCUAUCGAGGCGGAGAAGUAGAGCUCAGGUUUGGAUAUCUGUAGCUGGGAAUUCAGCUGACAUAGAUGUGACCUGCAGGGAGGAUUUCUGUUUUUGUGGGGCAGGGGACUGAAACCCUUCUGUGAAAAUCGUGAAAAGAGAGGGAACCAUGCCCUCUCUUCCUGUUUUAUUUGAAUAAAAAUAACCUACUGGAUAUUAGCCAUAUAAUUUAAUGUUGACAGCGGACACCCAGCUAAUGAAUGCUCUUAUUUGUUAACUUAUUUAUCGAUUUGUUGUCGUUUGCUGUUCUAUAGAAAACAAUAAACCUACAAAAGUAACUUUGUGAUCUGCCAAGACAACCUGGCUGCUUUACAGGUGUUUUUAGAAAAGAUUUUUUCUUUUUACACGUGUUUCAUUCAAAUGUGUGUUGGCAAAGUGUAUGAGGCAGAAAGUGCCUUUAAAAAUAAUCAAACAUUCCUCCAUGGUGAGCCGCUACAUCUGUUGCUUCAGUUGAGGAUCGAGAGAGAAAAAUGUCUGUGUGCCAUUAAUGUGUCUGUCGGAGACAUGCCCUUUGUUUUCACAGGUUUUUUUUCGAUGUUGUUCAUUUGCACAGUGAUGAAAAUAUGAAAAACAUUGCUGUUGUGUUCAGUGAUGUCACCGAAUGUUCUGGUUCUGAUCGUUGUGGAUCAAUAAAACCUUUUGCUUGGAA